GCGGGGCCAAGGCCGGGGCCUGACUAAAGCUGGAGGCUCGGGCGGCCGAGGGGCUCACACCCGGCCGAGGAGCGACGAGCCGCAGGCGGCCGCGGAUCUCUCGGCGGCUCCGGUGAUCCAUCAAUCCAGCAGCUUCCCAGCGAAUGAACAGGAGGGGUAUAUGGUGGAGCACUACAAAAUGGAAGGUUCUUAGAGGCAGAAAUGGGGCAGAACAGGGAGCUUCUUAGCAAAAGAAGGUAUUAUUUCAGAUUCUCAAGUUUCUGUAGAGCUAAAAGAUCCAGAAUAGGAAAAACAAUGUUGAAGGAAAAAGCUCAAGACUGGCACUUAGAAAUUGACAGCAACUUACAUUUGUUGAAAGGGUUUUUAGAACUUCACCUAUAAAAAUGGGCCGAAUUUUCCUUGAUCAUAUUGGUGGUACCCGUCUGUUUUCUUGUGCAAACUGCGAUACAAUCUUGACCAACCGCUCAGAGCUCAUCUCCACUCGGUUCACAGGUGCCACUGGCAGAGCUUUUCUUUUUAACAAGGUAGUUAACCUGCAGUAUAGUGAAGUUCAAGACCGGGUCAUGCUCACUGGCCGCCACAUGGUUCGAGAUGUGAGCUGCAAAAACUGUAAUAGCAAACUGGGAUGGAUCUAUGAGUUUGCUACUGAAGACAGCCAGCGUUAUAAGGAGGGCCGUGUGAUCCUGGAACGGGCUCUAGUUCGGGAGAGUGAGGGCUUUGAGGAGCAUGUACCAUCUGAUAACUCUUGAAGAAAAAGUAAUAACUCCGUCUUUUCCCAGGUCUCCUUCACUGAAAACAAAAAUCUACUUACAUACACUGUCACCUUAGCAUCAGAGUCGGAUUCAUGAACUGCGGAACAAGAAGUUGUGAGAAUCUAAGAUAGAACCUUCCUUCCUUUUUUUUUUUUUUUUUUUUUAAUUUUCUAUUUUUCAUUCAACUGCAGUGUGUAGAGCGAAUAUUAUGCAGAUGCUGUUAAUUUUUUCCCUAUGUUUACAUCUCGAGGCAGAAUAGUCUGUCUGCAGCUACGUGAUGGGCUUAUGUGAGGGAAAAAAUCUGGGCGAUUAGUGAAAAGGUGUGUAAAUUUUGAAAGGAAAAGUGUCAAGAGCAUGGAUUUUUAAACUUAUUUGGGCUUCAUUUUAAAACUUUUUUUGAACCCAGUUAUUUCACUUGAUUUGCUAGUUUCAGAGAAAAGAUCCGAAUUUGUGACCAGCGCUAAAGGUUCAGUGUUAGUAUGGCUUGUGCUGGCCAUUGUGCCAUAUUCUUGUUGGAGAAGAACCGUAGCACCAGAGCCCAUUCUUCCUUGUCAGACUUGACCCAAAGAUGUCACCGUUCCUAGUUAGCUGUCACCACCUAAUUGGUGUUGCUUGGAAGCUUUUCCUGAAGUGGGGCAGAACUGCUUGGUUGUCUUUUCCAUGUAACUUAAGCAUAGUAAUAUAAAUAAAGUAAUAGUUGGA